CGGUAGCACUUCUGGUUCACGCUUCGUUCCGUUAACACCUAGUCGCACUAGAUAGACCACAAUGGCAGAUCUCAGCGCCAAGGAUGUCGAAAAGGCAGAAUUCGCCUUUUCCAUUUACGAUGCCGACGGUUCCAACCAGAUCGACGCCGUCGACCUUGGAAACGUCCUUCGAGCCCUCAACCUGAACCCCACGAAUGCCACCAUAGAGAAACUUGGAGGAACGAAGAAGAAGGGCGAAAAGCUGAUGAAACUCGACGAAUUCUUACCAAUUUAUUCCCAGUGCAAAAAGGACAAGGAACAGGGAUGCUACGAGGACUUCAUCGAGUGUUUGAAACUGUACGACAAACAGGAAAAUGGAAUGAUGCUGGGAGCUGAACUGUCGCACACACUACUUGCGCUGGGUGAGAAGCUUGCCGAGAACGAAGUGGAACAGGUGCUGAGGGAAUGCAUGGACCCUGAAGACGAGGAUGGCUUCAUCCCCUACGCCCCAUUCUUGAAGAAGAUGAUGGUGCUAUUGUAAGCAAACCGGAUGAGAGUGUCACGAAGGUCGUGCUUCCGUUCCUUCGUAGACUGUGCGAUAGAGCAGCAGCAGAUGAUUGAAGUGACAACGCGAUCGCCGUAAUGUCGGCAUACAUCCGUCGGCAAACUCCACGUCAACGAGGGACACGUCUGUUCGUUAUAUUCAUCAUACCAUUCAUCCCCUGUUAAAAAUCAUCGAGCGCGCCUAAUCACAGCACAUUUUUCAUAUCGACGCGUGAAACAAUGAAACACAUUCUGAAACAACAUCGUCGUUACCAUGCCUUUCGACAGAGAAAUAUAAAAUUGUCAAUUCUGAAGACCAACAAAAUUGCCGCGAAUGUAAGGACAAUGUAAGGGCUGCUCGCAGGAUCCAUAGAAUCAUAGACCUUCGAUCAGACUCGAUCAGCCUUGCAUUGUCGUUAAUAUAAUUUGAACGAGGACGAUGUAUAAUAUUUUAUGAAUAUCGUAAUAUAUAAAUGUAUGUAUUAACAUUGUACAGAACCGAAUGAAAAGAUCAAUGUUAUUUUACUUCUUACUGUUAAUUUAAUAAACUAUACCCCUCGUGUAACGAGGAGUGCCAAAAAAGUCUCACGUUUUCAACAAUUUUCCGAUGGAAUUCGAGGGAUAGAUAACUUGUAAAUUUUACGUCACGUUUUGUGUUGUUUCAAAUUUUGUUAAACAAUAUUUAGAAAGUAAUUAGCAGUUUUAGUUUUGUCUGAAUUGUGAAUUUAUUGUAUCUUUGAAUUUUAAACUCAAACUAUUGCAUUCUACUAAAGAUAGGAGUUUAAUAGAUUAUUUAUGGCAGAAUUUUGUAUGUUAUGUUGUUUUAUAUUAACGCGAAUUCAACCGUACACCGAAUAUAAUUUCUCAAAUGAUAUUUCCAGAGUAGACAAUAAAAUUAUAUGUUUCAGGUGUA